UUUGUCCCUCUCAUUGUGUCACGGUGUCACCGGAGAUUUUCAGUUUUUCACCGGUGGUUCUCUGUUUUUUGAAUCUUCCUCCGCCUGAAAUUUAGUUAAAGACUACUAGAGAUGGAGUUGGAUCCAAAGAAGUUUGCUCAACUAUUGGACAAAAUUGAAGCUGAAGCUGAUGAGUUUCUUCUAGCUCGGAAUCAGAUGGUAGAGAAUGACAAGGAGAGGAAUGCGAACCGAGAGGCACUUACAGCACUUAGGAAGAGAGCUAGGACAACAAAGACUAGUGUUCUUUCUCCAUUUGAUUCUAUGAUGAAGGAUAGACACGGUUGCUCAACCAAACCUUUGGUUCAAGAAGUUUGCUCCACGUGUGGAUCCCAUGACUCUAGUGAACCCACUUGGAUGAUGCUACCUGGAGCUGAUCUUUUUGCUGCAGUUCCCUUUCAUGCUGUGCAUACAAUGCUAGAGAAAGAUGAAGAGAAAUUGGAGUUUGAAUCGAAGAAGUUGCAAAGCUUAGUGAAGGAGAAGGCACUUUUUAUAUCGGAACUAGGUGCUCUUGCUGAUAGUACGUCCCCAGGCGUGAUCAGGUCGUUGGUGGCGUUAAAGGACAAGCCUUUAGUCAAGUAGAAGUAGAACAAUGUUGGUUUAUCCAUUUGUGAUGUUGAAGUUUUGAUUGAUGUCCCUAUGAUAUGAAAUUUAAUCGUUGCUUGUAUUGUAUGUUGGACAAGUCAUCAUCCUUAAUAUUAAUUAAGAAAUUUACAAACUUUCUAUUGAA